AUGGCGGGACUGCGGCUCUGCGAGCCCACGGAGCUCUACAACAUCCUCAACCAGUACGCACGGCUCUGCAGGCUCGCCGAGCCCAACUACCUCUGCUUGCUGGAUGCCCGCACUCAGCGUGAGUUCGAUGAGAGCCAUAUUAUUACUGCACGCAAGAUUGAACAGAGUCCUACAGGCGAGUAUCUGGUACCGGAUUUGGAGGAGUUGGAGUGUGUCAGAUACUGUGUUGUGUAUGACGGCGAGACCAGCUCCUUGGAUUUCUGUGAUAAUGAGAAAGAGGAGAGUGAAAAAGGGGCCAGUGCUUCCUCAGAGAUUGAAAAUGCUGAGACAAGUUCCCUAUAUUCACUGAAUGCUGAGGAAGGAACUGCAGUUCGAUAUGGCAGAGACUUAGAACAGUUCACCCGCCACCCUGUGCUCAUCCUGACGGGAGGAUACAGGCGUUUUACAGCCUGCUAUCAUUUUCUGAGGACUCAGAAGUUAUUCUGGAUGCCUCAGGAACUAGACAACUUGAAGCCAUACCCAGUAGAGAUACUGCCUGCAAAGUUGUAUAUGGGCAAUUUCAAGCAGGCUUGUGAUCCGAAAAUUCUCAAGGAUUUGAAGAUCAAAGCCCAAGUCAACAUUUCUAAGCAGCCUACAGCACUCUUUGCGGAAGACAAGCUCCUCCAUAUAUCUGUUGCAGAUUCUCCCGAUGCAGAUCUUUUCUCUCACUUUUCUACCAUUUGUCAUUUUGUAGAUGCUCAGAUAAAUUAUGGAGCAGUGCUGGUGUUCUCUAACCUGGGGAUAAGCCGGAGCAGCACAGUAAUCAUGGCCUAUCUUAUGCAUUCUUCACAAUUUACCCUGAAGGAAGCUUGGGAAUACGUUCGGAAAUGCAAAACAAACAUGAGACCAAACCGUGGCUUUGUGAAACAGCUCUCAGAUUGGGAGACCCGCAUCUAUGGGAUCACAAUCACAGACAUCUCCGAACCAAAUUAUUGACAGGCAGCAAGGACAACACCCAGCAAGGAACGGUGCUUUCCUAUCUGUUCUAUAGAUCUGAUCUAUACCUAGAAAGGGACUUGAACUGUGUUUGAAAAACAUCUUAACAUUAUGGAAUGGUUUCCAUUAUCAGCAGGUAUCAUUUUGGGUCAAGUUGUGGAGACAAAAGGGAAACCCUCUUGUGCUGUUGAAGAUGGUGGUUUGGGGAAAGGGAGGCCGGAAGGAUGCGGCCCCCUGUGCACUACUUGUCUCUUUCAUAAGCUAAGGUGAUUAUUAUAACCACAUUAUCCACCAUGCUCAUUAACCCAGCUAUGUGGAAAUGAUCAGAACUAGCUCUGAGAAAGUUUAUCAAUCCACAGUGAGGGAUAGGUAUUUGAGAGAUGGACUACACCUGACUUCAGAUGGAGAAACAGAAAUUCCUCAUUUCAGAAGUUCCUCCCUUCUGCACCAUCUUCUCAGAUCCUGGCAGACACUAGGAUGCAGGAACAGCUUCUCACAGGCUUGCAGAUGGGAUUGUAUGAGACCAGCCUGCUUAGCGGGACCUCACACAUACCUUCUAUUUACCUUUCUAUCUUCUAUUUACCUUUCUAAUAGAACAUUUUUUUAAAGGGCAGAGAAGUUUGACACCUCUACCCUGUUACAUGAAAUCUGAAUUUCCACUCUUUAAGAACUGUCAUUUCUUUGUAUUGACACCACAAAAUAAAACACUACCAACGA